ACCAUUCGCAGCCUACCUAAAGAUCCUGCUUUACAUUUGCCUCUGUUCAUGCCCGCGCGCGAUUUUGAAGUACUGCAGCAUCAACAAAGUAUUAAUUAGUUCUUCCGUUUAUUGUUCCCCACCUCCCCAAAAAGCAGUCGCUUUGGCACGACCAGCAACUUUGCUUCCAAAAGGAAGCGAUUGUUUCGAUUUAGGAGCAGUAGGUUUCCAAUUUAGAAUCUUCGUUUAAAUUUAAAUCCGAUAAGUGAAGAACACCUUCGUAGAUCUGAAAAGAUGGCGAAGUCGUACGCCGUCGGUAUCGAUUUGGGUACGACGUACUCGUGCGUCGGCGUGAUGAAGAACGACACGGUCGAGAUCAUCGCGAACGACCAGGGUAACCGGACCACCCCGUCCUACGUCGCUUUCACCGACACCGAGCGGCUGAUCGGGGACGCCGCGAAAAACCAGUCCGCGCGCAACCCGGAAAACACCGUCUUCGACGCCAAGCGGCUGAUCGGGCGCAAGUUCAACGACCCGGUGGUGCAGAGCGAUAUCAAAUUGUGGCCGUUCAAGGUCAUCGCUGGUUCGGGCGAGAAACCCAUGAUCGAGGUCACCUACCAGGCCGAGCAGAAGAAGUUCCACCCGGAAGAGAUCUCCAGUAUCACAAAUUUUGUCUCUGCUUCUGUGCGAUUUAAGUACAUGAUUAUUUAUGUAAUUUGCGUCGAGCAGUACCGCCCUCGGAAAAUAAGUAAGAUAUUCGGUUGUUGAGUACUUUUUUUUAAACCUCGAGUAGACCAGCACAAGCCUAAAUGUAAUAUUCAGGUAUGAUCCUGACGAAGAUGAAGGAAACCGCGGAACAGUACCUCGGCGGUACUGUCAACGACGCCGUCGUUACGGUGCCGGCGUAUUUUAACGACUCCCAGCGUCAGGCCACUAAAGACGCCGGUAACAUCUGCGGCCUAAACGUCCUGCGUAUCAUCAACGAACCCACCGCUGCGGCCAUCGCGUACGGUCUGGACAAAAAGGGAGCCGGUGAGCAGAACGUGCUGAUCUUCGAUAUGGGCGGCGGUAUUUGUCGAUUUUUUGAUUUGCCGGGAGCAAGGCUUUGUACAAGUUGGAUCCUCGACCGGCUGACCGGCGCUGGCCCCAGUCGUAAUGCGGCGGGGGCGCAGUGGCGUCUCAGGUGGUACAACGCUACGGGCCGCCAGCGCUUGGCCCAAAGCUUGGCGGCCUCAUCCCCGCGCCACCGCGCCGCCACGUGGGACGAUGUAGGCGGGCCCGUAUAAUACGGAAGGCGGGACUGGUAGAAGUUCGACGAGCAGUGCGAUUAUCCAAAGGAGCGCAGCCGAGAGGUUUACAAGAGGCGAAGACUUCUCCGUCUCGAGAACCUUCUGGGCAAGACAAAUACUCUUGGAAAAAAAAUGGCGCAAGUUUUUUUCCAAAAAGUCUCAGCUUUCCAAUUUUUACUGGAUGGUGGUUUUUAUCCCAACGCUACGCUAAAUCCGGGUACCUACCAUCCACGCCAUUUCUAAAUAGAAAUGGUGUGGAUGGUAGGUACCCGGAUUUAGCAUAGCGUGGGGAUAAAAACAACCAUCCACAAAUUUCGUGCAAUUUUCCAAAAUCGCGUUUUUUUGUGGAUGGUGGUUUUUAUCCCCAUGCUAUACUAAAUCCGGGCACCUACCAUCCAUACCAUUUCUAAAUAGAAAUGGAGUGGAUGGUAGGUGCUCGCAUUUAGCAUACCGUCGUGCGAAAAACCACCAUCCACAAAAAAAGUUGUUUUUCUUGAAAAUCCGAAAUUUUUUUGAAUCGGAAAAAAUAUCGGCUUUGAACGCACAGCCGGAGACAAAAACUUCCGGACCAUAAUCAGCGCAAUCUGAGGAACUGCAGCCGCGCGGCUAGCUCGCACCAGAGGCGACAACCUAGGCAAAGCGUUGCGCGGCAGCUGCUCUAUUCUGUGCGUGCAUGCUUCAAAAGGCUCAAGAUUUGACUCGUCGCGACAUCAGGGCAACAUCAUACCAUGGGAAAAGAAGCGCAACGCAAGCGAGUACGUUUUUCCGAGCCCCCAAAUGAUGCAUAGUGUGGCAUCAGAGGCAAACUCGGACGUGGAGCAGCCUUUCUCGACGAAGUCUUCAGCUCUGGACUUUGACGAGUGCAGCAGCUGUGGGCCUAGCAACUUCAAUUUUUUCCAGCUAGCUUGUGAGGGACGCCACUAGCUAGUGCUGAUAGAUAGAUAACACAAGCCCGACCAUGCUGAAAGCGCUUUGAUUUUUUUUUAAUUUUUGUUCAUUUUUUGUAAUUUUUCUGCAUGUAAAAACUGCAAAAAUGGAUGGGGAUGGUGGUUUUUUUCUGGAUACCGGUGAACAGAACGUGCUGAUCUUCGAUAUGGGCGGCGGUAUUUGUCGAUUUUUUGAUUUGCCGGGAGCGGGACAUUGAUUUCGAAUUUCAUCCACCCACUACAUCUCCGAGGUGAGAAGUCACGACUGUGCGCAGGCGCCAGGUUGGAGCGCUGUCGGGUUGCUUCCAAAAGGUCGCGUGACCAGACACAGAAAAUUCACUGUCCUUCAUGCGAAUCGAUAGAAUUUGAAGUUAAAACCACUUCUUUCCCUCAGGUACCUUCGAUGUGUCGCUUCUGACCAUCGAGGAUGGUAUCUUCGAAGUGAAGGCCACCGCUGGUGAUACCCACUUGGGUGGUGAGGAUUUCGAUAACCGUAUCGUCGACUUCUGCGUCCAGGACUUCAAGCGCAAGAACCGUGGCAAGGAUCUGGGUUCGAACCAGCGCGCGCUGCGCCGGUUGCGCACCCAGUGCGAGCGCGCCAAGCGCACUCUGUCUUCCUCGACCCAGGCCACCAUCGAAAUCGAUUCUCUGUUUGAGGGGAUCGACUUCUCCUGCACCCUGUCUCGUGCGCGGUAUUGCUUGAACAAAAAUCUUUAGAUUCAUUUGCUCCUAUACUUACCACUUUUGAAGACAGCAGGUCGCGUUCUAAAUUGUACGACGAACUCUGAAACUGUAAAACUCAGAAUGAUAUAAAAAUUGCAAUUCAUUAUUUUAGGUUCGAAGAGUUGAACAUGGACUACUUCCGUAACUCCAUGGGUCCGGUUGAGAAGGCCCUGCGUGACUCGGGCGUGGAUAAAAAGAACGUCAACGAAGUCGUCUUGGUCGGCGGUUCCACGCGUAUUCCCAAGGUGCAGUCCAUGCUGCAAGAAUUCUUUAACGGGAAGGAGCCCAACCGUUCCAUCAACCCGGAUGAGGCCGUCGCGUUCGGUGCUGCCGUGCAGGCUGCUAUUCUGACCAACCAGGGCGGCUCGUCGACGACGGACAUCCUGCUGUUGGAUGUCGCUCCGUUGUCCAUGGGUCUCGAGACCGCCGGAGGUGAAUUUAGCUUUGCGUUCGGCUGCUUUACGGUCUCUUUGAUGUUAACAAGUCUGUGUCUGAGCAGCAAGAAAAAUGCACCUGCAGAGCGUAGUGGGUUCUUAGCCAAAUAAUGUUUUUCAGUAUAGAGGAAUCUAAAUUUUUUAAAUUUGGUUGUCCACAGGUGUGAUGACCAAGCUGAUCGAGCGUAACACGACCAUCCCGACCAAGAAGAACCAGACCUUCACUACCUAUGCUGACAAUCAGCCGGGUGUGCUGAUCCAGGUGUUCGAGGGUGAGCGUGCGAUGACGAAGGACAACAACUUGCUCGGUAAGUUCCACUUGGACGGUAUUCCGGGUGCCCCGCGUGGCGUUCCGCAGAUCGAGGUCACGUUCGACGUGGAUGCCAACGGUAUUUUGAACGUGUCCGCACAGGACAAGGCCUCCGGAAAGUCCAACCAGAUCACGAUCACUAAUGAAAAGGGCCGCCUGUCCCAGGCUGACAUUGACCGCAUGGUCAGCGAGGCCGAAAAGUACAAGGCGGAGGAUGAGGCGAACAAGGUGAAAAUCGAGGCCAAGAACGGCCUGGAGAACUACUGCUUCAACAUGCGCAACUCUAUGGACGACCCGAACAUGAAAGACAAAUUCGAGCCCGACGACAAAGCCGCCAUCGAAAAGGCGGUGCAGGAAGCACUUGACUGGCUGGACAAGAACCAGAUGGCCGAGAAGGUAUUAUUUUUAAAAAAUGGAUUUUUCUCUAUUCUAUUCCCAUUUCUAUGUUCCACAUAUUUUUACAAUCUCAUCUUCUGUAGUAGAAAGCACCAUGAGAAACAGAAAAGAAGAAUUGCGUCAAACACAUCUCUCCCAUCACCUCCAGGACGAGUUCGAGGCAAAGCAGAAGGAGGUCGAGGCGAUUGCCAACCCGAUCAUGAUGAAGGUGUACCAGUCGGCAGGUGGCGGCGCGGGCGGCAUGCCGGAGGGCAUGCCCGGCGGUAUGCCGGGAGGCGCGCCGGAUAUGGGCGGGGCGGGCCCGACCGUCGAGGAGGUCGACUAAGGAGGUGAAAUUCAUGUCGGAUUUGGAUGCUCUCUUUGAAAACUUUUUCGUGUUUCAUCAAGAGUAGACGGGUUUGAUACCACACUAGAAAUUUUCAUCUACAGUUCAAUUUACGUCGACCCCAUAGAUAUACUUCGGCUCAUCUUCUCUCGGAAAAUCUUUAUUCAGUCUUCUUUUUCACACGUCCUUUCAGAAGUUUUUUUGCGUAUUAUGUGGCGAGUUGUACAUAAGUCACAUCAUCUGCUUUGUUUUCAUUCGCAUCAUUUCCCCGCGACUGGUGGUGAUCCUUCGGAUGGCAGGGCCGGUGAAGAUGUGACACCCCGCUCUCCGCCGGACACAGGUCGAUGUAAAAGUUUAAUUUUCGAUUUUGCCGACGCUCUACAUGGGAAGCAAACGCCGACCACACGAUCUGGCGGUCGAGAUUUAGAACUACGUUGCAGCUCCAGUUGCAAACAAGACCAUGCGUUAAGACCCGCGACGGCGCUGUUGGAUCUAUACUUUCAAACAAGGAUCAAAUGAAUACUUACUUCUGCGUUCUUCAGCAGGUCUUUAAAAUGAAAAAAUAAUCUUCUUCCCCGCGUUUUGGUUUGUUUGCUACUUCUGGAUCACGAACAAGGCAACAAGGUAGGAUUGAGCAGGCGCAAGCACAGGCGGUUACGAUUCUAUGGUUACGUGUUGGUCGAAAAAAUUUGGUACGUCUCAUAUACAAACUUUUCUCAGUAUAGACAACUAAAAUCAACCAUCUUCCGCACUGAAACCCAAGUUCACGGAAUUUCUAAAUCAUUGUCUUGCACAAGAUGAAUCAGAAGCGAGUCGGCUGCCGGCUUGUUCACGUCUGAGAGAAACGCGUAGAUCUGAAUAGCUUUCGGUCCUUUUCCGCGAGAGAAGCGAUUCACCAUUCAGACGAGUCGGUUGAGUUUAGAUGAAGGCCCACGCUUCGGAUGGAUUUGAAAUGACGCGUUGGCAGGAUCUUUAAAUCUUGACUGAUGUUUGUUUACCAAGGAUCUAAAUCGCAAAAGAGCAGGCUCACGCGCGAAAGACAGAGGUCUAUGCAAUUCUUUAUGGAUCUGGAAAAAACACGGAACACAUUUCAACAACUUUCCACAGUCCUCAGAAAGUGCGAGAUCCGUUCUCAAAAAUCCUCAAGUCACCACAACAUUCACUGAUUUUUCUGAUCUAAAGCCUGCGACUACCAAUCCCAAAUUGUUUUCACACGACAUUUCCGAUCUUCUUUUCACACCGAAAUCUGAUCUGUAAAUCUGUUUUCCACUGCCUGCGACAUCACAAGUUUCUUAAAGCCUCGCUUUGAAAAAAACAGGAGUUUCGCGUACUCUUAGAAGAUUCUUUGUGAAGAAUCGCUUUCAUUUGCCGAAUUGCCUUUGCUCUGCCUCGUAGUCUACUUUUCAGAACACCAAAACCUACAAAAUGUCCAAGUCUCUCGCCGUUGGUAUCGAUUUGGGUACGACGUACUCCUGCGUCGGCGUGAUGAAGAACGACACUGUCGAAAUCAUCGCGAACGACCAGGGUAACCGUACCACCCCCUCCUACGUCGCCUUCACCGACACCGAGCGCCUGAUCGGUGACGCCGCGAAGAACCAGUCCGCGCGCAACCCGGAGAACACCGUCUUCGACGCCAAGCGCCUGAUCGGUCGUAAGUUCAACGACCCUAUCGUGCAGUCGGAUAUCAAGCUGUGGCCGUUCAAGGUUCUCGCUGGUUCCGGAGACAAGCCCAUGAUCGAGGUCACCUACCAGGCCGAGCAGAAGAAGUUCCACCCGGAAGAGAUCUCCAGUAUAAGAUUUUUGCUCUGCUUUUGUGCAAUUCAAGAAGAAUGUGAUUCUAAAAAUUUGCGUCGAGCAGUGAUGAUUGUACUUACCACCGUGAGAAAAGAAGAUAUUGGGCUGCUAGUGACGUAGUUGUUGAGGACUUUUUUGUAAAAUCUCUAGUAGACGAGCACAAACCUAAAUGUAAUAUUCAGGUAUGAUCCUGACGAAGAUGAAGGAAACCGCCGAACAGUACCUGGGCACCACCGUCAAUGACGCCGUCGUUACGGUUCCGGCCUACUUCAACGACUCCCAGCGUCAGGCCACCAAGGACGCCGGUAGCAUUUGCGGUCUGAACGUGCUGCGUAUCAUCAACGAACCCACCGCCGCGGCCAUCGCGUACGGUCUGGACAAGAAGGGCUGUGGCGAACAGAACGUGCUGAUCUUCGAUAUGGGCGGCGGUAAAUGCGACUUUUUGUUCUCUUCAUGAGUGAUAAUUUUUUUUCUGUUGCAAGCAAACAAACGCUGCCAAAUCAAUUGGAAUGUGCGUCGUGUGCGUUUCUUGAGAGUAGAGAGCAUCGAAGACAAUAGCAUCUACUAAACUGCUUCUACACAGGUACCUUCGAUGUGUCCCUGCUGACCAUCGAGGAUGGUAUCUUCGAAGUGAAGGCCACCGCGGGUGAUACCCACUUGGGUGGUGAGGAUUUCGAUAACCGCAUCGUCGACUUCUGCGUCCAGGACUUCAAGCGUAAGAACCGUGGCAAGGACCUCACCGGAAACCAGCGGGCCCUGCGUCGUCUGCGCACCCAGUGCGAGCGCGCCAAGCGCACGUUGUCCUCCUCCACGCAGGCUACCAUCGAAAUCGACUCUCUCUUCGAGGGUAUCGAUUUCUCCUGCACCCUGUCUCGCGCCAGGUAGAGUGAAUUAGUUGUGUGGUUCAGUAUUUGAUGCCGACUCAUUAUUCAGAUUAUGUUGUAAAGAUUGGCUUCGUAUAUUGUAUAACGCGUCGUCAUGUUUUGGUCUACAUGCGUAACAAUGUCGCCGUCACUUCAUCUAAAAUUUGUAAACCAAAUCUUCACGCACAUGAUUUAGGUUUGAGGAGUUGAACAUGGACUACUUCCGUAACUCCAUGGGACCGGUCGAGAAGGCCCUGCGUGAUUCCGGCGUCGACAAGAAGAACGUCAACGAAAUCGUGUUGGUCGGUGGUUCCACGCGUAUCCCCAAGGUGCAGUCCAUGUUGCAGGAAUUCUUCAACGGAAAGGAGCCCAACCGCUCCAUCAACCCGGAUGAGGCCGUCGCAUACGGUGCCGCCGUCCAGGCCGCGAUCCUGACCAACCAGGGAGGUUCCUCCACGACAGACAUCCUGUUGUUGGAUGUCGCUCCGCUGUCCAUGGGUCUCGAGACCGCCGGAGGUAACUUUAGAUUUUCCGCUUGUGUGUGAUUAUUGAUGUCCGCAUUGAAGAUGCUGCGCCUGAGUACUAUCAAGCAAAAUUAUGCACUUUCAGGGCGUAUUUUUCUAGAGGUAACCGUUAUUGAUCUGCAGUGUAAAUUGGGAAUGCUCCGGAAUCUCAAUUUGAUUUCCUUAUUGUGCUGUCCUGCACAGGUGUGAUGACCAAGCUGAUCGAGCGUAACACGACCAUCCCGACCAAGAAGAACCAGACCUUCACUACCUACGCUGACAACCAGCCGGGUGUGCUGAUCCAGGUGUUCGAGGGUGAGCGUGCCAUGACGAAGGACAACAACUUGCUCGGUAAGUUCCACCUGGACGGUAUUCCGGGUGCCCCGCGUGGUGUGCCGCAGAUCGAGGUCACGUUUGACGUGGAUGCCAACGGUAUUUUGAACGUGUCCGCACAGGACAAGGCCUCCGGCAAGUCCAACCAGAUCACGAUCACCAACGAGAAGGGCCGCCUGUCCCAGGCCGACAUUGACCGCAUGGUCAGCGAGGCCGAAAAGUACAAGUCGGAGGAUGAGGCCAACAAGGUCAAGAUCGAGGCCAAGAACGGCCUGGAGAACUACUGCUUCAACAUGCGCAACUCUCUGGACGACCCGAACUUGAAGGAGAAAUUCGAGGGAGACGAUAAGGACAAGAUUGAGGCCGCCGUCAAGGAGGCCCUCGACUGGUUGGACCGCAACCAGAUGGCCGAGAAGGUAUUUGUGCUUUAGAUGCAGGAGCUUCUUUUGGGUCAGUUUUUCUUGUUUUCGCAUGGCAUCUUCUCGGAUGGCAUAUAAUUACCUGUGUGCAGGAUUUUUCAUCCCAGCUGUUGGCAUGCCAGAGUAAGACCAUCAUGCAUUUACAUUUUCACCCUUUAAAAACCUAAAAAACAGGACGAGUUCGAGGCAAAGCAGAAGGAGGUCGAGGCUGUUGCCAACCCGAUCAUGAUGAAGGUCUACCAGGCUGCCGGCGGCGCUGGCGGUGCCGGUGGCAUGCCGGACAUGGGUGCUGGUGGCGGCAUGCCGGACAUGUCCGCUGGCGGUGCGGGCCCGACCGUCGAGGAGGUCGAUUAAGCGAAUAGUGAAAAUGGAAAAUAACCUGGAGUUUUGAUUCGACAUCACGGUGUAUUUUGAAACGAAAAUAACCGGAAGAACGGACCACUACUGCCCAGGAGAGGACCACAGGAACUUUGGACAACCGACAAUCUAUCUGUUUGGAAGUUGGACGAAGUUGAUGUGCUACAAUCGGCAAGGAAGUAGGUAAUUAAAAGGCAAAAGAAUCUGAGGCAAGAAAAUAAUUCGGAUAAUUUAGUCACCCAUUACGACUGCGCAAAAACCAACACGAGAAUUUUUCGAAUAAAGAGGCUACACGUGAAACGCAAUUUGUAUUGGUAUGUACCUAUUAGAUCGGAAUUUCCACCCGUUUCUGUUGUGGAGCUUUGCUGUUCUCCGAUACGGCGCUGCGCUAUCGAGGGUCGCUGCUGUUGCGGAACUAAAGAACCGAUCGCGACGACAUGUGGUGCCACCUGCGGAAAAAUCGUUGGACAGACCAAGCGCAGUGAGAUUUUUGAAUUCUCGAAGCGUUUGAAACUGGAACGAGCAGGCGGUAUAACUACAGGGUUCGCGUUCCGCACAGCGACGAAGAGUAAGUGACCGCUCGAUGGCAGUGAAGCAGUGCCCGGAAGAACCGAAUGACUCGAUGAUUUAAACUAGCGGAAUCCCGAGUCGAUGCAUUGAAAUAAUUUAUGAUUUUUACGUGCUUGAAAGGCGAAGAAACCCCCUCGAUUACGUGCUAAAGACAAGGAAUUCUAGACCACCGAAGAAAAAUGAAGUAGUACUAGCAUACGCUGCAAAUGAAAUGAACGCAAAAAAUUUGGAAAAGACGCUUGUUUUUGUGCAGAUUUCAAGAGAUCACUAUGCUAUGUUUCGAUCUAUGGUACCCGUGUAUAACCGCAUGUCGAUAGAGCGCGACAAUCUCCAGGAUUAGUUGCGGCUUUCUCGGUGUGUGAUAUAUCAACAACCUUACAUCAAGCAGUCUAUAGUGAUUUUGUAGGAAAAAUGCAUCAAGAAAAUCCGCAAUCACACGAGAAAAAAAAGCAUCUUAUCACAAAGGGAAAUCCAUCGAGUUCUAUUUUGGAAAGAAAAAACAUGCGCUAGUACUGUUUACAAACGUACCCUUUUCUUAAUCCGCAUAGUUCCAUAUGUGUUUAGAACAAGGUCUGUACCUUUCCACAGCGAACGAUUAUGUUUUUUUGAAUAGUGAUUCACACCCCUUCAAAAUCCGCACAGGAGAUGAAUUUGAGGCGAUUGUGCACAUGGAAACUUGGUUUCCACAGCAUGAAUUUCUCCUCAGAUUCGCAUCCUCCAGAAACCUUUCACACCUGUCUUUGCAAAAUCGUGAGCUCUUCGCCCAGAAACUGUCUGAAAAAACUUUAGGCAGAUCCCUACUCUUAGGUAUACAGUCUUAAUAUUUCAGAUUCAAAC